CGAAUGUUGCAGUUGUUGGGAUAUCCAACUGGGCACUUGAUGCAGCAAAGAUGAAUAGAGCUAUCCAUCUAUCUAGGCCGGAUAUGGAUGCAGAUGAACUCGUUCAGACGGGAUUGUCUAUUAGUGAAGCAACUCUUGAAGAUGGUGACGAAGAAGGGAGUCUAUUACAUCUGAAUGAUAACAACAGCAGCAAUCAAAUAGAUGAAGCACUGAUAAGAGCAAUAGCUGAGGCCUAUUCCAAAUAUGUCAAUGACCAGCGUUUCAAAAACUUUCAUGGUCUUCGAGACUUCUACUCUCUUGUGAAGUAUGUGUCUCGAAAAUUCAAGUCAAUGACAGUAGAACACUUUGAAGAUGACCAACGUAAAGUUGAUCUGGUUGUGAGAGGCUUACUCCGCAACUUUGGAGGUCUUUCAUCGGAAGUUAAUUCUGUUAUAUCUGUGUUCAAAGAGCAUCUAGGUGUGAUACUAACUGAUGGCACUGUUUCUGAUGAACUUGUGUUACCCUCCACCCUUGAGCUGGUACAGGAAAACAUUGAAGACAGAUCAGCACGUCACUUACUUCUGGUGACAAGAGGGGAGUCAGCUCUGAGCAUUGUUGAAGAUUUACUCAGGCAAAAUGAACGUCAGACUGUCACAAUUUUAGGAAGCCAUUUUGAUGAAGAUCUCAAUGAUGACUACAGCUAUCGCAUUCUUAGCAAAAUAAUACUUUGCAUGGAACAGGGAGUUGUUUUGAUAUUGAAAGACCUUGAUAGCAUUUAUGGGAGCUUGUAUGACAUGUUGAACCAAAACUACUCAAAAGUUGGCAUAAAGAAAACAUGCAGAGUAGCGCAUGGAGCCUAUAGUAACCCAGUGUGUCAUGUUCAUGAUGAUUUCCGGUGCAUUGUUUUGGUUGAGGAAAACAAACUUGACUUGUCAGAUCCACCAUUUCUGAACAGAUUUGAAAAACAGUGUAUCCGACUUUCAGAUAUGUUGACAGCUAGUGAGAAAAAAAUUGCUGAAGAAUUGGAGGCAUGGAUGAUUAGUGUCUCAAAGAUUCCAGGGCAUAAAUUCAGAAGAAAUGAUAUGAUACCUUUUGAUAACCCUGACUUGAUUGCAUCUUUGGUCCAUUAUUAUUUUUCUCAUUGCAAUACAAACAUUGAACAUGAAAGCUUAGUUGAGAAUUGUAAGAUGUUUCUGAUAAAAACAUGCACACCAGAGGGGAUAGUUCGCCUUCAACUAAGUGAAAGGCAUAGUGAAGAACCCUUAGAAGUAAAGAAAUGGCAGAACUAUUACUACAAGUUGCCUAUACAUGGGGGACUUCAGAAAUUUGUUGACUAUGCUCUUACUGAUUCUGAAACAACCAUACAGAAGGGCAAGGAAAUGAUUUUCAGUCACACCAAUAUUCAUACCAAUAUUCAGUCAUGUCUGGAUGUGUCUUCUGAAGAGUGCCAAGUUGAGAAAUUGAGCUCAUUCAAGUCUGAGAAACAGUUGUCAUCCAGGCUUCAUGCAUUUUGGUGUCUCCCUGGAAAGAAAUUUCUUAUUAUUCAAUGCUUAACAAGCUAUGAUCAAGACAACAUUCUUUUGAUGAAAUCACUAAUUGAGAAAGAACAGGGUGAAUACAAAUCUGAGAAUGAACCAGGUCAAGAGAAAUAUGUGUUUAUUAUCCUUCAUAUGGACAGAAAUGAUUCUGAUGAAUCAUUUAAUCUUUUGAAUUACCUAAGUGGAUGGAAUUUGACAGUUGUUGAUACUCUUGAGCCCAAGAAAAUUUCCUUGACUGACUUUCUAGUUAAACAAAAACUGGAAAUUGUCCAUGAACUGAAGCAAAUGGUACCAUUAGCUCACUAUCUCUUUUGGUCAUUCACCUUGAUAAAAUACCACAGCUAUGCCAGGAGUUUGACAAGUCUUAAAAGCCUGGUUGAAAACAUUUCUACCAAUUCACAUCUCAUGGCAUUCAUAGAGGGAGAAGUGUUUUCUAUUCUUGAAACACAAUUGAACAAGUCUGAAUUAAAGAACUGGCAGAUCAAUGUGGCAUGUGAUCAGUUGAAACUUUACACCUGUCUUACAUUACAUGUAGCACUUGAGAAUGACAUGAUGGAAUGUAUGAAAUAUCCUCUGGCUGCAAUGGUCUAUAAACUUGAGGCAGCAAAUACUUGGGAUUGUGUUGUUGGACAAGUGGAGUUUCAACAAAAGACUGAAUGCUGGAGGCAGCUUGCUAAAACUUCAUCAGUUUUAGACAUUAGUGAUGUGCCUCACCCACAAGGACCAGAGUCUUACCCAAUUAUGGAUCCAGCUUUGUUUCUUUUGUGUCCUUUUAGCAAAAUGUUCAUUGAAAGAAUUGAAAGCCUAAGAGGAUUGUGCACAGAAACUAUUGCAAUGGAAUACCCAGGCAUGGAAAUCGAUGAGAUUGAAGAAAAUCUCACAAAUGAAUUCAGUAGCAGACUUCAAGACCAAGUUUAUGACAUGGCAAGUGAAUUGUUUGAAUAUUCAUAUGGAGAACAACAUUUCAGUGAUUAUCUCCAUGACUUUGUAAGCAUAAUGUAUUCAAAUGUCAACAUUGGUAUGGAGGAAAGUCUAAAAGUCAAGGUUGUAGAAUGGUCAUUUUUAAUGAGAUUUCAAAUAGAAGGAUUACCAUUUGAAGCUGCAGUGACAAGACUGCAUGUUACAAAUUGGCUUCAUUUUGACAAAAUAGAAGCAGAAUUGAGACUUGUAGAUGCUUGUUUAAGUAUUAGUAAAGUGAGUUUGGAUGACAUCCUUGGAAGUUCAAAGCCAGUGCACAUGUUGUGCUUUAGUUCAACUGCAGAUGAACAUUCAUCACCAGAAACCCAAGUUCACAUGACUGACACAAAAGGGAAAUCAAUUGGUGACUUGAAAGUCAUAGAAGCCAUAGACAUGGAUAUGAAAGGUCAAGUUGGUACAUAUCAAGACAUUAAAGAAGAUCAGGAUGUUGAAGACAUUGGAAACGUAAUGAUCACUGAAAGUUGCUCUACAAAUGUCAAACCACAGUUUGAUGCUGUCAGUACUGAACAGCAUCAUACUGUUUCACAUGAAACACAGGAAUUUGAACUGGACGCCAGUACCAAUUUGGUUACAUUUGCUUGUCAGAAACUAAUUCCUACAGAAAAUCUGCUUGAGAACUCUACUUUUCAGUCAUGGGUAAACGGAGUCAGCCUUGUUUUGUCUUUGGCAAGUGAAGUGUCAUUAGAAUCCAAAGUAUUUCAGUCAUUACGGUUGUGUAAUGAAUUUGCAUUGCUUGUGUCAGUUCCACACAACACGGACAGAAGAUAUCUCUCUGAGAUAGGGCAUGCACUUGAAUCAAACCAGGUUGAAAGUGAUGUCAUAUUCAAAAAAAUUCUUCAGAUCAUAAACAAAGUGAAUGAAGAGAAGUUAGUUCCUGAAGAAGCACUACAACAUUUCUUUGCUUGUUACAUAAGCAUAUGUCUUGCUGCUGAUCCGGAAACAUCAGUAGUAGCUUUGGGACUUGAGGUACUUAAAGAUUUGACAAUUUUUCAAAGCAGCUUAAACUAUUUUGGUCCAACACUUUGUCAGAUUUUGAUGAUAGAAAUGGAAGAAUGUGAUUUGAUAAAUGAUGACCUUCUUGAAUACCCUGUUCUAAGAAAUCUAGACAAUUGCAUUCUAGCAUUCCAAGAGAAAGGUGAACCAGACUCACAGUUAGCAUGUCUUUGCAUAGAUGUCAUUGAGACACAUUUUACGCAAGAGAUAUUGGACUUUGAUGAUGAAAACCUAGAUACCAUGUUAAUGUGUGAUGAAAUUUACAGAUCUGAGGGGUUUUCACUGAAACACCUUAUAUCUUUGGCAUAUUUGAAAACCUGUCUAUCAAUUUUAGCAUCUGAUAUGAGACAGAAAGACACUGUUGAAAUACAUAUAUUACAAAAGGUGAAUGGCAUCCUACAGUUGGAUUCAGAUACCAGUGGAUCAACCAGAGAUAUCAGAACUAAAGCCUUGCAGAACUAUUUUGUCAAGGUACUUUCACAAAAUGAUGGGUUGAAAACAUUUGAGGAUAUUCUGAGUCAUCAUUCACAACAUUUGCCAUUCACAAAAGAAGUGAAAAUAGCAGAUGAAGAUAGACUGGUAGCACUUGAACUAUGCCCAAUGCAGAUGACAUGGUCUGAUAUCUAUUUUUCUGUUUCUGAUGGUUAUUAUGCAUUACCUAAGGACAACAGCAAAGUGAAAAGUGUAUUUAAAGCUGCCAGAACAAACCCUCAGUUCACCUACUGUGUGUUUGGUGUUGCCCUCCAACAAAUCUACCUUGUAAAGACUAUCAACCCUCUGACAGACAGUGAAAGAACAGAAAGAGCAAAGAUGUUCUGUGACUUAUCAAAAGGAGACAUUCAUAAGAACCAACUAAAAAUGCUGGAGUCGUUAUGCACAUGUGAUGAAUUUAAGUUCCCACUACUGCAGAUGGGUGGCCAAAAAUCAGUCAGAGACCAACAUCUUGCAAUCUGGAUUCUUCACCUAACAUGCUCAGUGCUUGCCUUCAAUCCCACUGAAAACCAAAUAAGCAGCACUGCUCCUUUGUGGUUAAGACUUAUUAUGAAUCCAGAUCAAAUAACAACAUUGUACAUGCCAGGAGCAGGAUAUGAUGAGAACAGUUUGCAUAUGAGCAAAUUUGCAUGUAUGAAAGCCAAAUUGAAAGAAUGUCAUUUUAUAAGGUGUAAGUGUGGGAUGACCACUGUUCUUACCAAUGAAGAAGCCUCAGUCUGCCAUGGGUGCCAGGAGAGUUUUGAAUCCAGUAAGGAAAGCGUGGAGCUGUCAGGCAUUUCUCAGAUGUCCACAAGAAAGCAGGGAUACAUCUACACUGAUAGCAGUCAUAUGGGAAAUGUGUUUCUAUCUGUAGGCACCUUGUCACCUGCUGCAUUUCGACUUUUACAGAUUGCUAUUCAUGGGUGCCUUGCUGUGUCACAAGCUCUUGGCUUCAUUACCACUUCUGAUCUCUCUGUGAUAAUGAAAAUCCCUGAGGAGGUAGAUGUAGUGCAUUACAUCAACAAGCAUUUACAAUGUCACUGGGAUGCUCUCUCUGUUAUGGCAGAAAUGGGACAUGCACAACUUGGUAAGCUUUUGAACUUCACAGUGAAAGAAGGGAUGUCAUCUUGGGUUCAUGAUACAUCUCAAUUUUGUGUCCCCGAAGAAAGAGACAGUUUUGAAGAUAGCUUCAGUGAUUAUUUCAAUGAAAUUAUGGUCAGGAGGUUUGGCAUUAUAAAGGAAGAGGUAAUAUGUUUCCAAAAGAACAACCCACAUAGCUCUGCUUCAUCCUGGGAAAUGAUAUUUGCUGAGGCUUCUGAUGAAGACAAUAUGUGUGAAAGAUUGCCGAGGUUGAUGAGGGAAAAUAUGGCCCCCAGUAUGGAAAAUAUGGAAAAGGAAUAUGUCAUUCAGCAGAAAACUGACAAGUUUCCAAUUAUGGCUUUAGUAUUUGAAAAGAAGAAAGCACUGUCAUUGCUAAGACAUCUCAUUCCACUUAUACAGUGGCACAUGUGUACUAUUCGGCACUCAAGUAAUAACUCAAGAGUAGUGGAAUGCAAAACUGUUGAGGACUUUAUCCUUACUUGUCAAAAAGAAGUAGCAGCUUGUGAGAAGUCAGAUUUGAUGAAAACAUUUGAGACCUUCAAGCAAUCUUGGAAUCAACUGAGAGAAGAGAUUGUCUUAUUGAAACACUAUAAUGAAUUCAUAUCAGACAUACCUAGGGUGCACAUAAGAGGUCCUCUUGAAACAUGCAUAAUGAAAAGUUCCUCUGCACCAGUUAUGCAAGUGUUGAAGGCUUUGCAGUCUAUUCAGAACCAGUUUUUAACAGACUCUGUUAUAGUUACUUUAUCACUGAACAACUUGUCAACCAGUUUUCUGAAACUAAAUGAUGGGAUUGCAACUCUGCAUGGAACAGCUAUUGAAAAUGUUGCACCAAGACAUGUUGUUACCCUGCCAGAUUUACGUGACAUGCCAAAGUUUUCUCAGAUAAACACAGAAUUAGGGCAUGGUAGAGAAAGACAAUAUGAUAUGUAUCAAAUUGAACUUCAAGUUGUGGCAGAAUGCCUGGUGAAUAAGCCAUUAUUAUUAAUAGGACCUAAAUUUCCUAUGAUCCGUUUUUAUGGCGAAAUAUUACACAGGACUGACCAGCUUCUGGAAGAUAUCAUCAACAUUGUUGGCCAUGAAGAUAUUGACAAAGAUAUCAUUAAGUCUGUCAUUUCACUGAAAGAGAAGAAUCCAUCAAAUAUGCAAACACUGACUGACUACUUAGAAAUGACCUUCACUCUUCUCAAAAGAGCACCACUUUCUGGUCGCCAGAAACAGCAAACCCUAAAUGACUUUCUGAUGGCUUGGCAAUCUUUCUUCCCAAAUAGAGUUGCUGACAUAGAUGCCUUUUGUAAAAGAAUCCGUUUGACUCAGUUGAUAUCUCUCUAUGAAUAUGUUGAAGACCUAGUGGCUGAAGUAAUCAUUGACCGUUUAGAAGACACAUAUCGAGUCCAAAUGCCUGAAGAAUGUCAAUCACACAUGAACACUGUUCUCGGCAUCAUGAAUUUGAAGUUGCAAGAAGCCCUUCUGUCAGCUUUGAAGAAGACUGUCAUCAGGUAUAUCCGAUUUCAGUAUGCAAAAUCAACUGAUCCCUUGUCACCAUUACUUAUGGAAAACACCAUGUGGCCAGAGGGUGUUUUAGCAGAUGUAACAUCCAAAACUGACAACCUGGACGCUGGACUGCUUCAUCCCUGCCUUUGUGUGGAGAAUAUCUGUGAUGCCAUUGACUUCACAACACAGGCUGUUGAGGAACUAAAGAUGAAGGAUGGCAGAAACAGUUCCCAAUAUGCAGUAAUAAGCCAAAAGAAGUCAGGAACUGUACAACAGAGGAAGAAGAAUUUGGCAAAGAAAUUUAGAAAGCGCUAAUAUAUUUUGUAAGUAAAAUGGGAGCUCCAUAAUAUUUCUGAAACAUAUUUCAUUUCUAAAUGCCAGGUGAGGAUUAAUUGGCUAUAGACAGAUAUACUUUCUUUACUUUGCUGUUCUUCACAAGGACAGUGAUUCAUUACUUUUGAUGAUCUGUCUUUCAGGUGUCAGGUUGCUAUGGGACAUGAACCAGUAUCUUUCGACCAAGAUAACUGACAUAGGAACAGAUUCAAACUUUCAAGUGUGAAUGUCUUUCUCAUAAUAUGUGAUGUUUUGUAGAACUGUAAAUAUUCAGUGUGAAUUUGUAAAUGGGCACAUAUUGUUAAAAAACAAUAUGGCUUUGCAUAACUUUAUCAUUUGCUUUUAAUACAUAGCUUUUGUGUAUUGAAUCUUGUAUUGUUAGAAUGUUCACCCAAAAGGAUAGUAUCAACUUGUGUUACUAUGCCUAUAAACAUUUAAAUAUUACAAACCAUUGAAUAAGGUGAAAAUAUUUGUUGCCCUUAUCUCAUAAAACAUAUCCACAAAAUAACUCAUCUUUUCUUAGCAUGCAUUUUUUUGUUUUAUUUGAACUACAUCCCUGUAUUAUGGACUGUACACAUGCAGACAUGAUGUAAGCUUUUGUACAAUAACUCUCACUUAUACAUAUUAUUUUGUAAACAUAGACUGAUGGCAAGGACAAUUCAAUUUGUACAACAGACAGUGAAGGGACAUUUGUUAAAUUUAUGCAUUGAGACAUGAGUACACGUAAAUAUGGACAUGUGGAUGGAAUAAACUGUCAUGUACAUGUAUAUAGUGGAACAAACCAACUUUAAUUAAUACAUCCAAAAUAUUUCUUGUAUAUUCAUGCAUCAUUUUUGUGUGAUUGAGUAACACAGAACUGUUAAUAUGUCGACAUUGUAACAGCUGUUUAUACAAUUUGUGUUAUUUAUUUGGAGUUACUUGUAAAUAUGGACUGAUAAUUCAAUAUCUGUGAUACAUAUCCCACAAUCCAACACAAAAAACACCACAGUUAAUAAGGUUCCGUUGGAUAUCUGUAAAUAACAUAUAGGACUAUUGAUAGUGCUGGUAGUUUUGUACAGAUACUUUAGAAUUAUGCUUUGAGAUAUCUGAGUACAUGUUGUAAAUAUGGACGACAUUUGAAUGCUACAAACCAUUGUGAAUUAAGGGGCAAUAUAUGUUUAAUAACUCUCAUUUGUACAUAUUUGCUUGUAAACAUGGACUGAUGUCAAAGCUAUUUUAAUCAGUCAACAUUCAAGGAGCGUUUGUUAAGUUAAUGCUUUGAGAUGUCAUGUAAAUAUGGUCUGACAACUCAAUAUCACCUACAUUAUUUAUGUUUCCCAAAAAAGAAUAAUAAAACCGAACGUUAACCAGGUUCCCUGGGACAUCUCUAAAUAAAAUAUAUCACUUCUGAUGGUACUGGUAGUUUUGUACAGAUAAUGGCAAAGAAUGAUACUUUAGAAUAAUGCUUUGAGAUAUCUAAGUACAUGUUGUAAAUAUGGACAUUUGGAUGGUAUAAACUGUCAUGAAUAUAGUGGAACAAACCAACUUUAAUUAACACAUCCAAAAUAUUUCUUGUAUAAUGAUACAUCAUUUUUGUGUGAUUGAGUUACACAGAACUGUUAGACAUAAUAACAGCUGUUUAUACAAUUUAUCUUAUGUAUUUGGAAUUACGUGUAAAUAGGGACUGAUAAUUCAAUAUCUGCAAUUUUACUUACAUAUCCCACAAUCCAACCAAAAAACACCACCAAAAACACCACAGUGAUAAGGUUCCUUGGGAUAUCUGUAAAUAAAAUAUAGGACUAUUGAUAGUGCUGGUAGUUUUGUACAGAUAAUGGCAAAGAAUGAUACUUUAGAAUAAUGCUUUGAGAUAUCUGAGUACAUGUUGUAAAUAUGGACAUUUGGAUGGUAUAAACUGUCAUGAAUAUAGUGGCAAUAUAUGUUUAAUAACUCUCAUUUGUACAUAUUUGCUUGUAAACAUGGACUGAUGUCAAAGAUAUUUUAAUCAGUCAACAUUCAAGGAGCGUUUGUUAAAUUAAUGCUUUGAGAUGUCAUGUAAAUAUGGUCAGACAACUCAAUAUCACCUACAUUAUUUAUGUUUCCCACAAAAGAAUGAUAAAACCCACAGUCCCUGUGACAUCUGUAAAAAAGGUAUAUGACUUCUGAUGGUACUGGUAGUUUUGUACAGACUAAAGCAAAGAAUGAGGCUUUAGAAUAAUGCUUUGAGAUUUCUAAGUACAUGUUGUAAAUAUGGACAUUUGGAUGGUAUAAACUGUCAUGAAUAUAGUAGAACAAACCAACUUUAAUAAACACAUCCAAAAUAUUUCUUGUAUAAUUAUGCAUCAUUUUUGUGUGAUUGAGUAACACAGAACUGUUAAUAUGUAGACAUAGUAACAGCUGUUUAUACAAUUUGUGUUAUUUAUUUGGAGUUACUUGUAAAUAUGGACUGAUAAUUCAAUAUCUCCGAUAUUACUUAUGUAUCCCACAAUUCAACCACACAAAAAACGCCUGCAAAAAACACCACAGUUAAAAAGGUUCAGUGGGAUAUCUGUAAAUAAAAUAUAUGAUUUCUGAUGGCACUGGUAGUUUUGUACAGAUAAUGGCAAAGAAUGAUACUUUAGAAUUAUGCUUCGAGAUAUCUGAGUACAUGUUGUAAAUAUGGACGACAUUUGAAUGCUACAAACCAUUGUGAAUUAAGUGACAAUAUAUGUUUAAUAACUCUCAUUUGUACAUAUUUGCUUGUAAACAUGGACUGAUGUCAAAGAUAUUUUAAUCAGUCAACAUUCAAGGAGCGUUUGUUAAAUUAAUGCUUUGAGAUGUCUUGUAAAUAUGGUCUGACAACUCAAUACCACCUACAUUAUUUAUGUUUCCCACAAAAGAAUGAUAAAACCCACAGUCCCUGUGACAUCUGUAAAAAAGGUAUAUGACUUCUGAUGGUACUGGUAGUUUUGUACAGACAAAAGCAAAGAAUGAGGCUUUAGAAUAAUGCUUUGAGAUAUCUAAGUACAUGUUGUAAAUAUGGACAUUUGGAUGGUAUAAACUGUCAUGAAUAUAGUAGAACAAACCAACUUUAAUUAACACAUCCAAAAUAUUUCUUGUAUAAUGAUACAUCAUUUUUGUGCGAUUGAGUUACACAGAACUGUUAGACAUAAUAACAGCUGUUUAUACAAUUUAUCUUAUGUAUUUGGAAUUACGUGUAAAUAUGGACUGAUAAUUCAAUAUCUGAAAUUUUACUUACAUAUCCCACAAUCCAACCAAAAAACACCACCAAAAACACCACAGUGAUAAGGUUCCUUGGGAUAUCUGUAAAUAAAAUAUAGGACUAUUGAUAGUGCUGGUAGUUUUGUACAGAUAAUGGCAAAGAAUGAUACUUUAGAAUAAUGCUUUGAGAUAUCUAAGUACAUGUUGUAAAUAUGGACAUUUGGAUGGUAUAAACUGUCAUGAAUAUAGUGGCAAUAUAUGUUUAAUAACUCUCAUUUGUACAUAUUUGCUUGUAAACAUGGACUGAUGUCAAAGAUAUUUUAAUCAGUCAACAUUCAAGGAGCGUUUGUUAAAUUAAUGCUUUGAGAUGUCAUGUAAAUAUGGUCAGACAACUCAAUAUCACCUACAUUAUUUAUGUUUCCCACAAAAGAAUGAUAAAACCCACAGUCCCUGUGACAUCUGUAAAAAAGGUAUAUGACUUCUGAUGGUACUGGUAGUUUUGUACAGACAAAAGCAAAGAAUGAGGCUUUAGAAUAAUGCUUUGAGAUAUCUUAGUACAUGUUGUAAAUAUGGACAUUUUGAUGGUAUAAACUGUCAUAAAUAUAGUGGAACAAACCAACUUUAAUUAACACAUCCAAAAUAUUUCUUGUAUAAUGAUACAUCAUUUUUGUGCGAUUGAGUUACACAGAACUGUUAGACAUAAUAACAGCUGUUUAUACAAUUUAUCUUAUGUAUUUGGAAUUACGUGUAAAUAUGGACUGAUAAUUCAAUAUCUGCAAUUUUCCUUACGUAUCCCACAAUCCAACCAAAAAACACCACCAAAAACACCACCAAAAACACCACAGUGAUAAGGUUCCUUGGGAUAUCUGUAAAUAAAAUAUAGGACUAUUGAUAGUGCUGGUAGUUUUGUACAGAUAAUGGCAAAGAAUGAUACUUUAGAAUAAUGCUUUGAGAUAUCUAAGUACAUGUUGUAAAUAUGGACAUUUGGAUGGUAUAAACUGUCAUGAAUAUAGUGGAACAAACCAACUUUAAUUAACACAUCCAAAAUAUUUCUUGUAUAAUUAUACAUCAUUUUUGUGUGAUUGAGUAACACAGAACUGUUAAUAUGUCAACAUUGUAACAGCUGUUUAUACAAUUUGUGUUAUUUAUUUGGAGUUACUUGUAAAUAUGGACUGAUAAUUCAAUAUCUCCGAUAUUACUUAUGUAUCCCACAAUUCAACCACACAAAAAACGCCUGCAAAAAACACCACAGUUAAUAAGGUUCCGUGGGAUAUCUGUAAAUAAAAUAUAUGAUUUCUGAUGGCACUGGUAGUUUUGUACCGAUAAUGGCAAAGAAUGAUACUUUAGAAUUAUGCUUCGAGACAUCUGAGUACAUGUUGUAAAUAUGGACGACAUUUGAAUGCUACAAACCAUUGUGAAUUAAGGGGCAAUAUAUGUUUAAUAACUCUCAUUUGUACAUAUUUGCUUGUAAACAUGGACUGAUGUCAAAGAUAUUUUAAUCAGUCAACAUUCAAGGAGCGUUUGCUAAAUUAAUGCUCUGAGAUGUCUUGUAAAUAUGGUCUGACAACUCAAUACCACCUACAUUAUUUAUGUUUCCCAAAAAAGAAUAAUAAAACCCACAGUUAACCAGGUUCCUUGGGAUAUCUAUAAAUAAAAUAUAGGACUAUUGAUAGUGCUGGUAGUUUUGUACAGAUAAUGGCAAAGAAUGAUACUUUAGAAUAAUGCUUUGAGAUAUCUAAGUAUAUGUUGUAAAUAUGGACAUUUGGAUGGUAUAAACUGUCAUGAAUAUAGUGGAACAAACCAACUUUAAUUAACACAUCCAAAAUAUUUCUUGUAUAAUUAUACAUCAUUUUUGUGUGAUUGAGUAACACAGAACUGUUAAUAUGUCGACAUUGUAACAGCUGUUUAUACAAUUUGUGUUAUUUAUUUGGAGUUACUUGUAAAUAUGGACUGAUAAUUCAAUAUCUCUGAUAUUACUUAUGUAUCCCACAAUUCAACCACACAAAAAACGCCUGCAAAAAACACCACAGUAAAUAAGGUUCCCUGCCAUAUCUGUAAAUAAAAUAUAUGACUUCUGAUAGUACUGGUAGUUUUGUACCGAUAAUGGCAAAGAAUGAAACUUGAGAAUUAUGCUUCGUGAUAUCUGAGUACAUGUUGUAAAUAUGGACGACAUUUGAAUGCUACAAACCAUUGUGGAUUAAGUGGCAAUAUAUGUUUAAUAACUCUCAUUUGUACGUAUUUGCUUGUAAACAUGGACUGAUGUAAAAGAUAUUUUAAUCAGUCAACAUUCAAGGAGUGUUUGUUAAAUUAAUGCUUUGAGAUGUCUUGUAAAUAUGGUCUGACAACUCAAUAUCACCAACAUUAUUUAUGUUUCUCACAAAAGAAUGAUAAAACCCACAGUUAGCGAGGUCCCCUGGGACAUCUCUAAAUAAAAUAUAUGACUUCUGAUGGUACUGGUAGUUUUGUACAGAUAAUGGCAAAGAAUUAUACUUGAGAAUAAUGCUUUGAGAUAUCUGAGUACAUGUUGCAAAUAUGGACGACAUUUGAAUGCUACAAACCAUUGUGAAUUAAGUGGCAAUAUAUGUUUAAUAACUCUCAUUUGUACAUAUUUGCUUGUAAACAUGGACUGAUGUCAAAGAUAUUUCUAAUCAGUCAACAUUCAAGGAGUGUUUGUUAAAUUAAUGCUUUGAGAUGUCAUGUAAAUAUGGUCUGACAACUCAAUAUCACCUACAUUAUUUAUGUUUCCCACAAAAGAAUGAUAAAACCCACAGUUAACGAGGUUCCCUGGGACAUCUAUAAAUAAAAUAUAGGACUUUUGAUAGUGGUGGUAGUUUUGUACAGAUAAUGGCAAAGAAUGAUACUUUUGAAUAAUGCUUUGAGAUAUCUAAGUACAUAUUGUAAAUAUGGACAUUUGGAUGGUAUAAACUGUCAUGAAUAUAGUGGAACAAACCAACUUUAAUUAACACAUCCAAAAUAUUUCUUGUAUAAUGAUACAUCAUUUUUGUGCGAUUGAGUUACACAGAACUGUUAGACAUAAUAACAGCUGUUUAUACAAUUUAUCUUAUGUAUUUGGAAUUACGUGUAAAUAUGGACUGAUAAUUCAAUAUCUGCAAUUUUACUUACAUAUCCCACAAUCCAACCAAAAAACACCACCAAAAACACCACAGUGAUAAGGUUCCUUGGGAUAUCUGUAAACAAAAUAUAGGACUAUUGAUAGUGCUGGUAGUUUUGUACAGAUAAUGGCAAAGAAUGAUACUUUAGAAUAAUGCUUUGAGAUAUCUAAGUACAUGUUGUAAAUAUGGACGACAUAUGAAUGUUACAAACCAUUGUGAAUAUAGUGGCAAUAUAUGUAUAAUAACUCUCAUUUGUACAUAUUAGCUUGUAAACAUGGACUGAUGUCAAAGAUAUUUUAAUCAGUCAACAUUCAAGGAGUGUUUGUUAAAUUAAUGCUCUGAGAUGUCAUGUAAAUAUGGUCUGACAACUCAAUACCACCUACAUUAUUUAUGUUUCCCAAAAAAGAAUAAUAAAACCCACAGUUAACCAGGUUCCAUGGGACAUCUAUAAAUAAAAUAUAGGACUAUUGAUUGUGCUUGUAGUUUUGUACAGAUAAUGGCAAAGAAUGAUACUUUAGAAUAAUGCUUUGAGAUAUCUAAGUACAUGUUGUAAAUAUGGACAUUUGGAUGGUAUAAACUGUCAUGAAUAUAGUGGAACAAACCAACUUUAAUUAACACAUCCAAAAUAUUUCUUGUAUAAUUAUACAUCAUUUUUGUGUGAUUGAGUAACACAGAACUGUUAAUAUGUCGACAUUGUAACAGCUGUUUAUACAAUUUGUGUUAUUCAUUUGGAGUUACUUGUAAAUAUGGACUGAUAAUUCAAUAUCUCCGAUAUUACUUAUGUAUCCCACAAUUCAACCACACAAAAAACGCCUGCAAAAAACACCACAGUUAAUAAGGUUCCGUGGGAUAUCUGUAAAUAAAAUAUAUGAUUUCUGAUGGCACUGGUAAUUUUGUAUAGAUAAUGGCAAAGAAUGAUACUUUAGAAUAAUUCUUUGAGAUAUCUGAGCACAUGUUGUAAAUAUCGUCAUAUAGCUUGAAUAUUGCUGAGUGCGGCGUUAAACAACAAACCAACCAACCAAUGAUUGCAGUAUUCAUUUGUGUGAAUGGUGAAAUACUUGUAAAAUAAAUCCAUAUUCUUUGUAAUAUCAGAAAGGUUUUUGUAAGUAUAUGUCAAUGAACUUACUCAGAAUGCUUAUUUCAAAUCUACCAUUUAACAGAUUUUGUGUAUGUAUUAAAAUGUUUUUGUAUUACUGCUAAGAAGAAGGAAAAAAACUAUAAUUUAUUUAUGUUUAUACUUUUCAGGAGAUGUGUGAAGGAUAUACAUGUAUAUUAUAUCCUUCACACAUCCUAUAUAUAUAUAUAGAUAUUAUAGACACACGCACACAAUAGUGUCAGGUCAUGCCAUAUCUAUGCCAGUUUUCCUGACGGAUUAGUCGUUACAUGUUGUUUUAAGAUUAAGAUAUGUAUAAUGUGUAGGUAUUUGGUAUAUGAAGGAAUAAUGUGUUGCUUUGUUAAAAUAUACCCCAUAGAGGAUCUGUUGAGGAAUUUAGAAAGUGCAGUUCAAAGCAAACAGUAGAAAGAAUGUGUGUUUGAAUGUAAAUGAGAAGGUAGGAUGAGGGACAUUUUUUAACCAUGGAAUAUUCAUAAUUUAAAAAAAGAGAAAAAUCUUUUGAAAGUGUAAUGAAAAUUAUCCGAUGUCAUUCAUAUGAAUGAGAAUUAGAGUUUGUUCAUUUCAACAAUUGCAUGUUUCGGACAUAUGACAAGACUAAAUGCAUUGGUACAAGCUAAAAUGUGUCCAAAAGGAUGAUUUUAGAGGUUUUCAGGAAGUGUUUUUCUAAUAUCUAAACAUUACAAAGUCUUUGACCCAGCUUAUUUGUUUAUGAGAUGUAGAUAAAAACAGAACAAAUUUGAGGUAAAAAUUCAUCUUAAUGAAAUUAAAUUAUUGGAAUUUGCAUCAUGUUUGUUUAAGGUAGUUGCUUAUGCUAUGUUUUUGUUCAUACAGGGCUUAUGUUGUCAUAGUUGAUAUCUGAAAAGAAAUAGCAAUUGUUUAAGCUGGGUUUUUUAUCCUGUUUACUAAUUUGUAGUCAAUUUCAUAGGAAAUUUUAGGCAUAUAGCCUGCCCCGUAUCAUGAUUGUAUUUUGUGAGAAAGGUAUCUUACAUAACUGGUCUUUUCUAAAAGAUACAACAUAUGUUUUACGUGAGAUAAAACAUGUGAAUAAUAUAUAUCUUUGUUCUGUUAUACACAAGUUUUCUAUUUUUGAUUGACUUUGAUGUUUUGCUCAUCUGACUGAAAGUCAAGUGAGCAUAUGUCGUGGGUUGUUUGUCCAGUGACCAUCUUUUCCGAAAUCCCUGAUGAAGCUGCUUGUACUCAAUGAUGACACAAUCAAGAGGUUCUGAACUGAUUUUCAAUGUGGCUAACCUCAGCCAUAUUAAAAACAUGUUUGGUCCAGGCGAGUUACAGUACCAUGGCACUAUUAUAUAUGCAUUACUUUAAGUGAGAGUUGGUACUUUAUUUAUUAAUCAAGCUUGUAAGUAGACUUUCCAAUAUAGAUCUUUUGAAAUUAAGUUGAUUAAACACACACCUCCCCACACACCCCAAGAAUGAUAAAAAAAGUAAUCAACUGCAUGUAGUAGUAUUUAAUUCAUGUUAGAUCAAAUACCAAGGUUACAUUAUUUGAAGCUAACAGAAUUGUAAGGGCAAAAGGCUCUUUGUAUUCCACCUGUCCUGAGGUGUGCUGGCUCCAAAGAGGUGAUGACUAGUGCUUGUGUCAUUAUGCUGCUGCAUAUGUUGAACAGUGUGUCAAAUAAUAGAUUGUUAGAAAAGCUCAAUAUUUAUUACAGAAAGAUUAUAUUGAUGAUUUUAGUGGUGUUAUCCAAUCAUGUAUUCUAGUUGCUUAUGUAAUUAAUAAUGUUGAUAUUAAUAUUAAUUAACAGAGGUUGAAAUAUUUUCUAACCUAGCAUCAUUUGUCUUGAUUUUGGCCUAUCACUUGGGAGACGGGAAACAACCUACAAUUUCUUUCAUUUUAAUUUGAAAUUGAUGUGCAUCCUAAUAAAAACAAUGCAAAUUAAAUGUGAGAUGCAAAGUAGAGCAUCAAAUAAAGAAAAGACAUUUGUGAAGACCAGAGAAACUAUCCUGUUUCACCCUCUGCAAAGCUUUGAUUUGGGGUUUCUAUACGUUUUUGUGAAUUUGUUUUUUAUUUAAUAAACUGUAAAUCGAA